GUUCUGAUGCUGUUCUUCAGUAACUCGGCUGCCUCUGCCUGCCUAUUCAGCACUUACCAGUUAACAAGAAGCUCUUUCUGGCUCCCAACUGAAGCUCUCUGAGGUCAGCAGCAGCCGUCGAUGUUCACGGAGUUCGGGCAGGCAGCCAAAUGAGCGGGAAUUGGGUGCACCCAGGCCAGAUCCUUUUUUGGGCUAUCUGGGUCCUUGCAGCCUCCACCAAGGGGCCUUCUGCUGAAGGGCCACAGAGGAACACCAGGCUGGGAUGGAUUCAGGGCAAGCAAGUCACCGUGCUGGGAAGCCCUGUGCCUGUGAACGUGUUCCUCGGAGUCCCCUUUGCUGCUCCCCCGCUGGGACCCCUGCGAUUUACGAACCCUCAGCCUGCAUCGCCCUGGGAUAACUUGCGAGAAGCCACCUCCUACCCUAAUUUGUGCCUCCAGAACUCAGAGUGGCUGCGCUUAGAUCAACACAUGCUCAAGGUGCAUUACCCCAAUAUCGGCGCGUCAGAAGACUGCCUGUACCUGAACAUCUAUGCGCCUGCCCACGCCGAUGCAGGCUCCAAGCUCCCCGUCUUGGUGUGGUUCCCAGGGGGUGCCUUCAAGACUGGCUCAGCCUCCAUCUUCGAUGGGUCCGCUCUGGCUGCCUAUGAGGACGUGCUGGUGGUGGUCAUCCAGUACCGGCUGGGAAUAUUUGGCUUCUUCACCACAUGGGAUCAGCACGCGCCGGGGAACUGGGCCUUCAAGGACCAGGUGGCUGCUCUGUCCUGGGUCCAGAAGAACAUCGAGUUCUUCGGUGGGGACCCCAGCUCUGUGACCAUCUUUGGCGAGUCCGCGGGAGCCAUAAGUGUUUCAAGCCUUAUACUGUCUCCCAUGGCCGAAGGCUUAUUCCACAAAGCCGUCAUGGAGAGUGGGGUGGCCAUCAUCCCUUACCUGAAGGCCCAUGACUAUGAGAAGAGUGAGGACUUGCAGGUGGUUGCACAUUUCUGUGGGAAGAAUGCAUCAGACUCUGAGGACCUGCUGAGGUGCCUGAGGACAAAAUCCUCCAAGGAGCUGCUGACCCUCAGCCAGAAAGCAAAGUCUUUCACUCGAGUGGUUGAUGGUGCUUUCUUUCCUAAUGAGCCUCUAGAUCUAUUGUCUCAGAAAGCAUUUAAAGCAAUUCCUUCCAUCAUCGGAGUCAAUAACCAUGAGUGUGGCUUCCUGCUGCCUAUGAAGGAGGCUCCUGAGAUCCUCAGUGGCUCCAACAAGUCCCUUGCCCUCCAUCUGAUACAAAACAUCCUGCACAUCCCGCCUCAGUAUUUGUACCUUGUGGCUAAUGAAUAGCUGUCUUGGGGAGAAGCGUUAUGGAAGAUUAAUGGAGCUUGUCUGGUGAUGGAAUGGGUGGGUGGAUAAACUGGGAAGAACCAAGAGUACCAGUUUGUGGUCCCUGCUCUGAUCACAGCUCGAUAUCACCGAGAUGCUGGUGCACCUGUCUACUUCUAUGAGUUUCGGCACCGGCCCCAGUGCUUUGAAGACACGAAGCCAGCUUUUGUCAAAGCCGACCACGCUGAUGAAGUCCGCUUUGUGUUCGGUGGUGCCUUCCUGAAGGGUGACAUUGUUAUGUUCGAAGGAGCCACGGAGGAGGAGAAGUUGCUGAGCCGGAAGAUGAUGAAAUACUGGGCUACCUUUGCUCGAACCGGGAAUCCCAAUGGGGACGACCUGCCUCUGUGGCCAGCCUAUAAUCUGACCGAGCAGUACCUGCAGCUGGACUUGAACAUGAGCCUCGGACAGAGACUCAAAGAACCGCGGGUGGAGUUUUGGACCAGCACCAUCCCCCUGAUCCUGUCUGCCUCCAACACACUCCAUAGUCCUCUUUCCUUCUUAAUUUUCCUCUCUCUCCUCCAGCCUUUCUUUUUCUCUUGUGUUCCUUGGGAAGUUAUCUUUCCGUGAUUUUGGUUUCCCUUCUCCUCCUACAAUUUUUCCCCGCAAUCAUUAGCUUCUUUCCAAGUCAGCUGCUUUCUAUCUUUGCAGAACAAGCUGCUUUUGCUGAUAUUUUACGGACUUAGGAAUGAUCCUUAUGGAAUUCUUUUCAACAUCAAAAAGUGCAAUUUGUCUUGGAAGGCAACACGAUUUCUUCAAUAAAUUUGGAAAAGAACUGA